AUGGCGUAUCGCGGGGGGAACGGGAACGAGUACGAAGGCGGCCAUAAUAUGCAGGACCUUCCUCCUGGCUCUGGUAGAUACCACAUGCCGCCCCAAGAUGAGGGAGUUGACGAUGCCGGCCAGUCUCUGUUGAGAGACCCUCACCCAGUAGCUCCCUAUGAGAGCCACCUAGGCCCUGCCGAAACGCCUGGCCGCCCAGUUUCCGCAUACAGUUUGUCAGAAUCAUACGCUCCUGGCGCCGGCGCGCGAACACCAGUUCCCGGUGAAGCCUUCGCUAGCGGCUACCGUUCCGAGCUUGACACUGGAGAUGGCGGGUUUGGCUAUGGCCGUCCUGCUUCCACUGUCGACGCCGACGAAAGUUGGGUCCGAAGACAGCAGCCCGGUGGCCAGUCUGGCGGUCUGAAGCGUUACGCGACCCGUAAGAUCAAGCUUACUCAGGGCUCCGUCCUGAGUAUUGACUACCCCGUCCCCAGUGCCAUCAAGAACGCUGUUCAGCCCCAGUACCGCGAUGUUGAGGGCGGCAGCGAGGAAUUCCACAAGAUGCGCUACACCGCCGCUACUUGCGACCCUAAUGACUUUACCCUUAAGAAUGGUUACGACUUGCGGCCUAGAAUGUAUAACCGGCACACUGAGCUCCUUAUCGCCGUUACCUACUACAACGAAGACAAGGUUCUCUUGUCCCGUACACUUCACGGUGUUAUGCAAAAUAUCCGCGAUAUCGUCAACCUCAAGAAGUCCACCUUCUGGAACAAGGGUGGCCCCGCCUGGCAGAAAAUCGUCGUCUGUCUUGUUUUCGACGGUAUUGACAAGACUGACAAGAACGUACUGGACGUUCUGGCCACCAUUGGUGUGUACCAAGAUGGUGUUGUGAAGAAGGACGUUGAUGGCAAGGAGACUGUUGCUCACGUCUUCGAAUACACCACCCAACUGUCCGUCACUCCUAAUCAGCAGCUCAUUCGCCCCGUCGACGAUGGCCCGUCAACUCUUCCCCCCGUCCAGUUCAUUUUCUGUCUGAAGCAGAAGAACACCAAGAAGAUCAACUCCCACAGAUGGCUCUUCAACGCGUUCGGUCGCAUCCUGAACCCCGAGGUCUGCAUUCUCCUCGAUGCUGGUACCAAGCCCAGCCCCCGAUCGCUGCUUGCUCUCUGGGAAGGCUUCUACAACGACAAGGACCUCGGUGGUGCUUGUGGUGAAAUUCACGCCAUGUUGGGCAAGGGCGGCAAGAAGCUGCUCAACCCCCUCGUUGCUGUCCAGAACUUCGAGUACAAGAUUUCCAACAUUCUGGACAAGCCUCUGGAGUCAUCCUUCGGAUACGUCUCUGUGUUGCCCGGUGCCUUCUCUGCCUACCGAUUCCGCGCAAUUAUGGGUCGCCCAUUGGAGCAGUACUUCCACGGUGACCACACACUGUCUAAGAUUCUGGGUAAGAAGGGUAUCGACGGAAUGAACAUUUUCAAGAAGAACAUGUUCUUGGCCGAAGAUCGUAUUCUUUGCUUCGAACUGGUCGCCAAGGCUGGCCAGAAGUGGCAUUUGUCCUACAUCAAGGCUGCCAAGGGUGAGACUGAUGUGCCCGAAGGUGCUGCGGAGUUCAUCUCCCAGCGUCGUCGUUGGCUCAACGGUUCUUUCGCUGCCUCUCUCUACUCUCUCAUGCACUUCGGCCGCAUGUACAAGUCCGGCCACAACAUCAUCCGCAUGAUCUUCUUCCAUGUUCAGCUCAUCUACAAUAUCCUCCAGGUUCUCUUCACGUGGUUCAGUUUGGGUUCUUACUACCUGACAACAACGGUUAUUAUGGAUCUUGUCGGAAAUCCUGUUGUCUCAGACGAUCCGGGUGUGGCACGUCACGGUUGGCCUUUCGGUGACACUGCGACGCCUAUGGUCAACGCCCUCCUCAAGUACUUGUAUCUCGCCUUUGUUAUCCUGCAGUUCAUUCUUGCUCUGGGUAACAGACCGAAGGGCUCCAAGUACACGUACAUCGCUUCGUUCAUCGUCUUUGGUCUCAUCCAGUCAUACAUCCUGAUUCUUUCCAUGUACUUGGUUGUCAAGGCUUUCGAGACACCUAUUGGAGAGCAGAUCAGUCUCGAUUCUGGCGAGGACUUUGUCAGGAGUUUCUUCGGUGGUACCAACGCUGCUGGUGUUAUUCUUGUCGCCUUGGUCACUAUCUACGGUCUCAACUUCCUCGCCUCAUUCAUGUACCUCGACCCCUGGCACAUGUUCACUUCGUUCCCCCACUACCUGGUGCUCAUGUCGACUUACAUCAACAUUCUCAUGGUUUACGCCUUCAACAACUGGCACGAUGUGUCCUGGGGUACCAAGGGUUCAGACAAGGCCGAGGCACUUCCCUCUGCUCAAGUUAGCAAGGGUGAGAAGGACGAAGCCGUCGUCGAAGAAAUCGACAAACCGCAAGAGGAUAUCGACAGUCAGUUCGAAUCCACUGUUAAACGUGCCCUGGAGCCCUUCAAGGAGGUUGAGGAGGUUGAGAAGCCUGAUCUUGAGGACUCGUACAAGUCUUUCCGUACCGGUCUGGUCGUGUCUUGGCUCUUCUCUAACACGUUCUUGAUCAUCGUCAUUACGAGCGAUAACUUCGACUCGUUUGGCAUUGGCAAAAACGCAUCAUCUCGUACCGCCUCCUUCUUUGCAUUCCUGCUGUACUCCACUGCCGUGCUGUCCUUGAUCCGUUUCUUCGGCUUCUUGUGGUUCUUGGGCAGGACUGGUAUCAUGUGCUGCUUCGCCAGAAGGAAUCUGUCGGUGUUUGAAUUCAGGAAGAAGGAGCAGCAGAAGGCCGAAAAUGCCGACGCUGCUGGUGGUAAGAAGAAGAAGGUGACAGCAGCGCAGCUGCGGGUGCAGAAAGACUUGUCGGAACUUUCUCUUGGCUCUACAAUGAAGACAGACUUCCCUGAUCCUGACGACAUCCUCCAUUUCACCCUUACGAUCGAGCCCGACGAGGGCAUGUACCGCACCGGACGCUUUACAUUCAGCUUUGACAUUAACCAAAAUUUCCCCCACGAGCCGCCAAAAGUCCGCUGCAAGGAGAAGAUCUACCACCCCAAUAUCGACCUGGAAGGCAAGGUGUGCCUAAAUAUCCUGCGUGAGGACUGGAAGCCGGUGCUGAACUUGAAUGCCGUUAUCGUCGGAUUGCAGUUCCUCUUCCUCGAGCCGAACGCGUCUGACCCUCUAAACAAGGAAGCGGCCGAAGACCUGAGACUGAACCGCGAGGGCUUCAAGCGCAACGUCCGGACGGCAAUGGGAGGUGGUACCGUAAAGGGCGUGAACUACGACCGCGUGCUCAAAUAA